AACUAAAUAAAAAAAUCUUUAAAAAGGUCCAAAAUGUUAUAUAAUCGGAAAACUAUAAGAACAAAGAGGACUUCAGUUGGCAGCUCUGUAAAUUAUGCAAGCGUCACCAGUGAAUGAAAAACCUGGAAGAAGAAGAAAAUGGCGGCAAAAUUUUGUUACUUUUUUUGUUGUGAUUGAGUUGGAAACCUAAUACAUUGCUUCAUGGCGUCCCUAUUUGGUGACGAUGGUGUAGAUGACCUGUUUAAUGAUAACCUGCAUGAGGAUCCAAACCAAUUGCCCAGCGAUGACGAAGGCGAAAAGCUGUUUGCGGAAGAUGAAGAAAAUGCCGGAGAACCUGGUAACCAAGAUGCCCAAAAAGUAGAGCCCAAAAAGAGAGCAGUAAGGAAUCCCCGGCCUCGGCUAACGGUCGAAACUCUUCGAGGACCCCGUGGUAUCCAGACCAUCGAGAACUACUUUAAGGACAUCAAGUUCAAGGGAAAGGGCUAUGAAAAAACCGAUCUCGACGAGGUGCUGAGACGUCUGCAGCACUGGGGUCAUCGGAUGUAUCCCACAUACACCUUUGAUGAUGUGCUCAAUAAUAUAGAGCGACUGGGUAAGAAAAAACCACUUCAGGUGCACAUGACACGAUAUCGUCUCGGUCAGCUCGAGGAGUUGAGUGCGUACGAGGCAGAAGCAUUGGAUGAGGCCCAAGAUGAGCAUCAAGGCGGAGCAGGCGAUGAACCUUUCGAUGAGUUUGACGCCCUGCUGGGCGAACAGAUUGCCAUAUCCAGGUUAGCGCCACGUACCCCUCAUCAACGGAAAAUGUCCACUGCCUCCAGCAACAGUACAAUGACUACUCCUUCAUUUUCCCGUGGCAAUGCGGUGAUGUCUACUCCGUACACCGCAGUUAAUGCUACUACCUUCGACCGAAAUGGUGCUCCAGCGGCUCCUACCUUUGACAGGAAUGGAGCUCCUUUGGCUUCGCUGGACACAAGUGACUACGGCAAGCCGCUGCCUCAUUCACAGCCACCAACGCCGGCGGCCAAAAAAUUGUCCAACGAACAGAUGGCCCGGAUUGCCGAGAACAGAAGAUUGGCUCAGGAGCGACUAAAAGCCAAGCAGCAACAGGAGACUUUAAGUUAAUGGAAUGUGAACUGGCCGCGAAUAAAUAUUUAAAUUAUGAAUGUUAAUUUUUAUAAGGAUAGUUUUUAAAAGUAAAUAUAUUCUGAAGUAUAUGUUGAAAUUUUAUUACAGUUUCAAUUUAAAUUUCAUUAACAAAAAAGACAUUCUUAAUAGUGUAAAACGAUUAUAUUUAUUUAAAGGCUUAAGUCGUAGACCAAGAAAAAUAAAUUAGGAUUUGGUUGUAAGAAACUA